AUGCGCGAAGCUGUCCAGCAGCUUUUGAGAGCUGGCCGUGCAGUAGAGCUCUUCCGCAUGACACUGGUGGUACCAGUGCAAAGGAGACAAGACGCGUUGACUGCCGUCAGCAGCGCCACCCAAGCUUGCUAUGGCACCAUGGAGAAUGUGAGCUUCUUUUCUGACCUCUCUGCCACAUGCGUGGCCUUCGUCGAGGCUUCACAAAUGCGGCGCUACGCAAAGCUCGUAUCCGCGCCGCCGUGGGUCCACGUGGCAGACUCCGAGGCCUUGGAGACUGCCUUGCAGCGCCUGGACUCCUUGGAUCCGGAGACCUUAAGUCAGCUGACGGAAAUCGUGACGACGGCCCUCAUGUUCAAGGGUGGCACUGGGGAGCUCUCGCACAAGGCGCCACCAGGAAGCUGA